AUCUGUUCACGUUAGAUUAUAACGUACGAAAUAUCUUAUAACAUCGGUAACUGGCUGUCGUUGAUCAGGCAAAUUUUAACAAAAUGUUAUUUUUCAUGUUGCUGAUUGCUGCAAUGCCGAUACUUAUCGCGAAUCAAGAACUACCUAUCCCAGAGGUUCUAGAUCCGGUACAUCAGGUCAGUCCAAUGUUACGUGAUAUUCAAUGGGGAAUCCAGGCUUAUGAUCAAUUCAAUGAAGAGGAAAGUGACAUUGCAUCCCGUCUAAUGACUUACCAACCUACACUAUUCGAUGAAUGCAUGGAAAACUGCCCUUCAGCAGCUGCUUACCAUCCUGUUUGUGGUACAGACGGAGUUACUUAUGGUAAUUCAGGAAAACUAUCGUGCGCACAAACUUGUGAGAAGGAUGUAACAAUGAAACAUCUUGGAAUGUGUCAAGAAGGUGCAACAGAAUAAUACAUGGUUUUCAUUGAAAUACAAUUUGUCAUAUAAAUGUUUUAAUAAAAAUUGACAAAUGUAAGAAAAAUAAAC